GCAACGUGGUGAUGGACAACGCAAUAUUAAACUAAUGCAGGGACAAUUGUCUUGAGCAGACAUUAUCUAUGAGACCUGGUUCAUCGAACGACCGCCAUGCACGGCAUUUCCGAAGGGAAAUUCCUACACCUGUCCGGUGUGGGGAUUUUCGCCGCAAAGACUAAGGACAGGUGCGCUUUGGAUAACUUUGCCUAGGUGGCUAUUGUGCGGCUCAUUCACUAUGGAUUUGAAUCGAACUUUAAGCAAUGACCAGAUCACUGGUCUCUCGACUGUGUACCUGGUGUCUCUGUCUUUAAGUUUGAUUGGGAGUUUUUCAGUGCUGGUGGUUUCCAUUGCAAAGAGGAGACACCUACAAGAACAGGUGAAUCCCUUGGUCCAGCUGGCUCUAGCUGAUCUGUUGGCAGCAGUCACCCUGAUGUUCACGAGCGCAAUGAAUGAGACACACACCUUCACUCCCAGUGUGUUAAUCUGUGAAACACUACUGCCUCUGUCACUGAUGUUUUACUUUGUGUCGUUCCUCCUGGUGGUAGUGUAUGCCUGGGAGUCAAAGCAUGCCGUCGAGGGAUGGAGGGAGAGACCAAGAGAGGAAGAGUCCCAGUGUAGACAAAGGGUGGGGGUUGUGCCUGUAUAUACUUGUGUGUGGUUUAUACCGUUGGUGAUGUACUUUGUGUACGUGAUGACUUUAGUCCUGGUACCACCCAGCCAGAUGACGGCAAACAACGGUGAAGCUAGCACAUACUGCAACAGCUGUAUCCCCUUCCUGCAUAUCUGGAGGGACCACUGCUCAGAUAUAGAACAGAUCCAUGAUAUCUUCAUACGAUGCUUCCUCUUCGUCAGUGUGAUACCAGUUUUGGUGUGCUGCACAGUGGUUUACUACAAGGUGGGCAGCAGGUAUCGCAGGUAUGAGGAGGAGGGACUAUUUCCUGUGGAGAGAGAUGCACGUUCCAGGAAACGGCUGAGGGGUGUGUUCUCCACUGUUCGCUACAUGAUGGUGGUCAUCAUCUUCUGCUGGACGCCAGCUCUUGUUCUGGUUGUCCUCUCUGUGAUACCAGACAUACCUCAAGAGAAUCUCUUCCCCCUAUAUGUUAUACAGGCGGUGACGGUGUCGCUGCAGGGCUGUCUGAACAGCGUGGUCUAUGCCUGGAGACGACCAAACUUCAGAGACGCUGUGCUCGGAGAGAGGAUGCCCCUGCUCAGCCAAGACGCCCCUCUGCCCUUCUUUGACGAAUCAUUGAGGGGGCCGCUAGGACCAUUAACCUCUAACCCCUGACUUUAGAGAAGCUGUUGUACUGCGGGUGGAAUUCUCCCUCUGCCACAGAUCGAGAAACAGUUUACCCUCCUCAAAUACUAACCUUUACCACUGAGGGAAGCAAUGCAACACUGACCUUAGAUCAACGUCUGGGGAUAACUUCAUUCUGCUACUCCCACUGGGAUGGUUGUCCGGAGCCAAGACAAUGGUGUACUAUGGACGUAGGGGUCGAUUCAGAAUUAGGAAAUGUAUGCCUUUCCUACGCACGUCUUUCCUAUUGACUUCUCAGUAGUUGGUAUUCAGACUUUCCUUAUGCAGGCUUUGCAGAUGUGGUUUCCUUGUAAAUAAAUAAAUACAUUUAAUUAAACUGCUGAAAAUCCUCCCACUUGCUGGCCAUACAGACUUUCUCGUGGAGUUUUCGUUCAAUAGAGUUUUCAGUACACUACCGGUCAAAAGUUUUAGAACACCUACUCAU